CGCAUGCAACCCUGGUGAAUCCACAAACGCGUGACGUCGCCGACCAAAACAAAAACAAACAUGAGCGCCGAACGAAACGGUGUGCUCCUGCUGUCUGAGCUUCUGGACGAUCCUCUUACCGACCCUGUCAACAUUGCAGCGGAAAUAACUGCGGCAACCACGGCAGCAUUGUGUGUUCUGUCGGCCGCAGGUGAAGAGGGAAUUCCCCCGGCCAAGAAGAAACGUGUGGAGGGAGAGAAAGGCAGGGCUCUCCAUUUCCUCGCAGAUCCGGAGUUUGUGAAUCGUUUUCGGAUGAAGAGGAGCACUGUCAGUGAGUUAUGUAUUCUUCUGGCACCACACAUCUGUAAUAAUUUUUUGACAACAGAGAAGAAGAUUUUGGCAACAUUAUGGCUGUUAGGCAACCAGGAGUCAUUUCAAGAAGUUGCAGGGAGAUUUGAAAUUGGAGUAGAGACUCUACACACUUCCCUGAUAGAUGUCUGUGGUGCGCUAACACUAGUGAUGCGAGAAAUUAUCAUUUGGCCACAAAAGCACCACCUCGAGCAGGUGGCAAAUGAUUUCAUGAAGAAGACAGGAUUCCCAGGAGUUGUAGGGAUAAUUGGUGGCACUCAAAUUGGCAUCCCAGUUCCUACACAGUAUGUGGAUGCAUAUAAAAAUAGGGACAAUAUUACAAGCAUGCAACUUCAAGCUGUGUGUGAUAGCAACUUACAGUUCUUGGACAUCACAACAGGGUGGCCGGGAUCGGUGCACAAUGCUCGUGUGUUUAGGAACAGCCCUCUGCAAGCUUUGCUGCAAAAGGGCAGUUUGCCUCAUUUGUAUCACAUUAUUGGGGAUGAAACAUAUCCUUUGACAUCUUAUUUGAUUGUGCCUUAUGAAGAUAAAGAAAUUCUUACAGAAGUGCAAAAGAAAUUUAAUGUGUGUCAUGCAUUUACUCAGUGUACUAUAGAAAGAGCUUUUGAACUCCUGAAACACAAAUUUAGAAGACUAAAAGAUUUAGACAUGAAGCUAGUGGAAAGGGUGCCAGGAAUUAUUGCAGCUACGUGUGUUUUACACAAUUUUAUUUUAAAAGUGGAAGGUUAUGGUAGUAGUCCAGUUGACAUCGAGCCCAAGAAUAGAAAAGCAUCAAGUCUGCAUUUCACAAAGAUCUAUGCAGAAGAGGUGCAACAAAAAAGGAAUGACCUAGCAAAGACAAUAGCACACUCAGGAAUUACUUUUGUAAAAUAGUUGGAUAUAGAAAAAAUAAGUCUUAAAAUAUGAAGUGUUUAUAUUAGUUGCCACUGUUUUUGGUAUCAAAAUACACAUUAUGAGUUUUUGCAGUUUCAUUCUUCUUGGAAGAUUGUGAUGGUUAUUUAUACCAGUUGGGAAGCGGUUUCUUGCAAGGCACAUACUGCUUCGUGUUGAGGCUGUAACUCAAUGCCAAUGGAAAAAGUAAUGUUCAUGUAGUUCUGUUCUGUGAAAUAGCUAUACACAGUGCUUAGUCACUAAAGAGUCAAUUAGUAAACUUUAUGACAUCACUCGAUUUCCCCUUUAAAAAUAUAUUUUUUAAAUUUUAUUUAUUUAUUAUUAUUAUUAUUUUUUUUUACAACUGACGUCAAAAAGGGUUUUGGAUCAGUGUUUGAAUAUCAGUCUUAUGAAUACGUUUUUUACAAUUUCUUUAAGCAUACAGCUGUUAGUCUCAUUUGUCUUAUUCCUGUAUAAUAAAAUCACUUGUUGCAUUGUUUAGCAAAUCUUUUCUGUCUCCAAGUAUCUUUUAUUACUUGAUUUUCCACAAGGCUUUAACCCUCAAUGGACAAGUGUGUUGAUUCCUUGGCCAUACAAGGUUAUGCUUAGGUUAGGACAUAAAUCUGAUUCAAAAUUUUUGUUUUUUUAAUAACAGGGCGAAUAUGCUAUGCUUUACACUAACCCUUUGUAAAUUAUUAUUUUAUCAAUGGAAUAGUCCUAAAUGAUCCUCAUGGUUAUAAAACAUUACAGAGAUUUGGAAAGAAAUUCCAGGCUUGGCACGUGAUUGAGUGUAGCCGACCUCAGGCUUGUUCCAAAGCUUACCUAAUCAGCUUCCAAUUCUAUUAUCUGAAGGCUGCAGAUUAAACUAAAGUAGAGAAUACUAAAUGUACUGUCUCAUUGAAAGCCAGUGGAAACUACUGUGAUUUACUUGUCACGUUUGCAAUUAUUAUUAUUAUUAUUAUUAUUAUUAUUAUUUAUUUAUUUAUUUAUUUAUUUUUUAAAUUAUUAUUAUUAUUUUAUUAUUUUAUUUAUUUAUUUAUUUAUUUAUUUAUUUAUUUAUUUUUAAUAUCAUAAGUGGCAUUGUUCAGUAAGUUAAAAUUUCAGUUGUUAGGUUAUUUGUCCUCAAAGUUAAGUAAUCUUUUAGUAGAAUUUAUUUAAAAAAAAACUUUUGUUCAGUAUUUACAUACUUUUAACCAGCUUUAUAAUGUUCAUAUAUUUUACACCAAAUAGUCAAAUCUACUGAAUUAUUUAACUAUAGAUUAAUUCAGAUCUAUAACUCUGGUUAAAUUGCCUUAUUCUUAAUGAAGGGAAUGACAGUCAUAAUUUUUUUUAUAUAUGUUAGCUCAUCCUUUAUUUUGGUCUGUUGAAUAUUAGUUUUCAGUGUGAUGAAAACAUUAUGGAGGUUAUUUGAACACUGAUACCUUUAUUUGCAGGAGAAUUUGUUACAAUUUAAGUCUCUGUGCACGGGUAAAACCUAAUGCUAAAUUUGUAUAUACUGUACAUAUUUUUUAUAUAUAAAACAGGACAAUAAAUUUGAUAUCCCA